AAUAAUAUGCACAUGUGAUCACAUAAUCCAAUAACAAGCAGCAGUCAAAGGAACGUCAUUGAGUGGGUAUUUUAAUAAUGUUGGAGAUGUAAAUCCAGAUCUAGCUACUUGAUUCUUCUUUCAACUACACUUGAAUUAGCAAACUAGUUCAACAGCAACUUGACAAACUCUUUGCAACUGUUCAACAUUCUUUCUCAAACAGGUGCUUGAACUUCUCUUCAGACGGUGGAAAGACCCUCAGAACUUCGAAAGGAAAGAGAACUUGAAAGACGCCUACAGUCAUGGAAAAUGAAGGAGAAAGAAGAAAAAACUUUGCGGUGUCUUUUUCUGCUCUUCGCAAGGACGUUCUCAACGUUCUGGAUUUCAUGGAGAGAUUAAAGAAUGAAGAAGGUCAAAAUGCUGUUGGCCUAGCCGAUCAAAUUGAAAAUCUGAAAUUGGUGCUGGCAAUUAUUUGUACAUACGUCCAGCUUUCUUAUCUCAAUUUGAAGUUGUUUGAAGAUGUAAUGAGUAAUUCAAGACAAUGGGUUGACGCUCUGCUUCGACCAAUUUUGGAUGAUGUUGACAGCAACGUCGGGUGUAAAUACUACAUGGAUCAUGUCCUUCCUAGUCUCAUGGAUAAUAUAGAUGAAUGUAUCAGCUCAUGUCAUCAUUCUACAUCAAGUGCCACCAUGACUGACGAGCAGUUGGACUUCCUCCUCCUGAAUGUCCAUAAUCUAUCCAAGUAUUUUGCUGAACAGAUAUUUCCAUUAGAGGCUCAGUAUGAGAUUCUUCAGAAUGUAUGUGGCAACGUGAGAGAUUUCCAUGGGUUGAUAAUGAAUGGUUGCAUUGAGCACGAGAAUGUUCAAUAUGUCUUGCCUCAGUUUCAACUCAUGGUUGAGAGAGUUGCAAUCUUCAUUUGGCAUGAUCGACUUGAUGGAGACUCUCGACUCUACAAGCUAGCACAUCUACACAUGAAGAUCAUUCCAAUUGAACUGGAGGUGAUGCACAUAUGCUGUACAAAUUUAAAAGCUUCACCAUCAGCAGAAGUUGGAAGCUUCAUCAAGCAGCUAAUAGAAACCUCUCCAGACAUUCUUAGAGAAUAUCUGGUUCAUUUACAAGAGCACAUGGUAACUGUUGUUGCCGCAAGCACUUCAGGGGCUCGAAACAUUCCUGUCAUGAUAGAGUUCCUAUUGAUUAUUCUCAUUGAUAUGCCCAAGGACUUUAUUCAUCAUGAUAAAUUAUUUGAUCUUUUGACACGUGUUGGAGCACUUGUCAGGGAGGUAUCAACUCUUAUUCACGACUUAGUAGAUAAAUCAAGGAAUGAAGAGAGAACCGACCAAACAAAAUGUGCAACUCGAGAUUUGCUGGAAAAUAUUGAACUCCUCAAGGAAGAUCUCAAAAAUGAUUAUCUGAAAGCCCCGGACCCAUGUCAAUGGUGCUUCCCCACGAGAGAUGGACCGCUCUUCAUGCAUCUGCUGCACAGACAGUUAACUGAUUUGCUAGAUUCCAAUGCUUAUUCAAUUUCUUUGAUAAAGGAAGAAAUUGGAGUGUUGAAAGAAGAUACAGAAUUCAUAAGUUCGUUCUUCAUGAAUGCUGAUGAAGGAUUGUAUAAAGAUCUUUGGGGACAUGUUUUAGAUAGGGCAUACGAGGCAAAAGAUGUCAUUGAUUCAAUUAUUUUUCAAGAUAAUGGUCUCUUACAUCUUAUUUUCUCACUUCCCAUUACUAUAAAAAAGAUCAAGCUUAUCAAAGAAGAAGUCUCCAAUAUAUUUGAGAAGAUUCCCAAGAACAAGAGACUCAAUGUUGUAAACUCUCCCAAGAAGCCAGUUGAAAGCAAGUCAUUGACGGGUGGUAAAAUAAUUGUAGGCUUUACGGAGGAGACAAACUGGUUAAUUAGGAAACUCACCAGGGGACCAGCAAGUCUAGAUGUCAUUUCAGUCACUGGUAUGCCGGGUUCGGGCAAAACUACUUUGGCGUACAAAGUAUACCAUGAUAAGUCAGUUUGUAGUCAUUUCGAUCUUCGUGCAUGGUGCACAGUCGACCAAGAAUAUAAUGAGAAUAAUUUACUGGUGAAACUUUUAAAUCAAGUUACUAGCUCGGAUUUGAAGUUCAGUGAGGAUAUUGAUGUUGCCGAUAAGCUACGAAAACAACUGUAUGGAAAGAGGUACCUAAUUGUGUUAGAUGAUGUGUGGGAUAUUGGCACGUGGGAUGAUCUAACACGACCUUUCCCUAAAGUUGUGAACGGAAGUAGAAUUAUUUUGACAACUCGGCAAAAGAAAGUGGCUUUUCAUGCAAAGGGCAACACUGACCCUCUUAACCUUCGAUUGCUAAGACCAGAGGAAAGUUGGGAGUUAUUAGAGAAAAGGGCAUUUGGAAAAGAGAGUUGCCCUGCUGAACUAUUGGAUGUUGGAAAAGAAAUAGCCCAAAAUUGUAAGGGACUACCUUUGGUUGUUGAUUUGAUUGCUGGAGUCAUUGCAGGGAGGGAAAAGACAAAGUCUUUGUGGCUUGAAGUUCGAAAUAAUUUGAAUUCCUUUAUUUUGAACAGUGAAGUGGAUGUGAUGAAGGUUAUAGAAUUAAGUUAUGACCAUUUACCUCAUCACCUGAAGCCAUGCUUAAUUUACCUUGCAUCUUUUCCAAAGGACAGUGAAGUGGAUAGAGAUGAGUUGAAAAUGUAUUGGCGUGCCGAAGGACUUAUAGAACAGACAGGGAUGAAGAGUGUGGAAGAAGUGAUGGAGGUUUAUUUGGAUAAUUUAAUUUCCAGUAGCUUGGUAAUUGCUUUCAGUGACAUACGUAAUCUCCCGAUUUGCCACAUUCACGAUCUUGUGCACGACUUCUGUUUGGUAAAAGCAAGAGAGGAAAAGUUGUUCGAGAAGAUAAGUUCCAGUGAUCCAUCUUCUUCUUCAGAUUUGAUGCCACGUAUAGUGAACAUUGAUUGUGAUAAGGAGCACUUUGGGCUUAACAAUUUCAUCCUGUUUAGUUCAAAAAUGAAAAGGCCUUCUGGUAAACACCUCUAUUUUUUGGAGAUAACUGGAGACGAGAUGGAAGAUCAUCUUUCUGAUGCAUGUCACCUAAGACACUUGAGGCUUCUUAGAGUGUUGAUCCUGCGAAGCUCUUUUAUGAGGGUGAAAGAUUCAUUGUUGAAUGAAAUAGGCAUGUUAAAUCAUUUGAGAUGCUUAGAGAUUAGGACAGAAGUUAAAUCUCUGCCUUCAUCUUUCUCAAACCUUUGGAAUCUAGAAACCCUAUUGGUUGAUAACAAAGGAUCAACCUUGGUACUAUUACCAAGAAUUUUGGAUCUUGUAAAGUUGAGAGAGCUGUCCAUGGAUCGUUGUUCUUUCUUUGAUAUGGAUACAGAUGAACCAAUACUCAUAACAGAGAACUCAAAGUUAGAGAACUUGAAAGAAUUAGGGACACUCGUGCUUUCCUAUUCGAAAGAAACAAAGGAUAUUUUCAAAAGGUUUCCCAAUCUUCAAGAGCUUUCAUUCGUUCUCAAGGAAUCAUGGGAUUAUUCAACAGAGAGAUAUUGGUUCCCAAAAUUGGAUUUCCUAACUAAUCUAGAAUUUCUUAAUGUAGAAUUUGAAAGUUCAAACACAAAUGAUAGUGGGCCCUCUCUAGCGAAAAAUCAGUCGUGGGAUUUUCACUUCCCUUCCAAUUUGAAAACAUUGGUGUUGUAUGACUUUCGUCUGACAUCCGAUUCACUAUCAACAAUAGCGAGACUGCCCAACCUAGAAGAGUUGUUCGUUCUUAGAACAAUCAUCCGGGAGGAAGAAUGGACAAGGGGGGAGGAAGACACAUUUGUGAAUCUCAAAUUUUUGUUUUUGCGAGAAGUGACUUUUGCUAAGUGGGAGUUCGGAGAGGAAUCCUUUCCCGUGCUUGAGAAAUUACAACUGUGCAAAUGUCAUAUGCUUGAGGAGAUUCCGACUAAUUUUGGGGAUAUUGGUUCAUUAAAAAUUAUCGAACUUGUAAAAAGCCCUCAACUUGAGGAUUCAGCUCUGAAGAUUAAACAAUACGUUGAAGAUAUGACAGGAGGGGACACGCUUAAGGUCGAAAUAUCUUGAGCAACAGCUGAUCAGGUUCUUCUUCAUUCUUAUUCUUUUAGUGGCAAUUGCCACGGUGUAAAAAGAUGUCUACACUGAAUGUGUAGUUUGAUGAAAGUUUCAACUGAACUGUUUGUUAAUGGUCUUCUGUUUUCUUCUUUAUCAUAUGAACUACUCCUUUUUUUGUGUGUGUACAUUAACACUGUGGGAUAAAGUUUUGUAAACACCAUUUGAUGUUUGAACUUGCCCAAUAUCUCAAAAAUGACUUUUUAUUUGUCUGA